AAAAUAAAUCAAUCCCGAAGAUGUUCCCUUUUCAAUUCCACCCAUCACCCCAAAACGCCACAGCCAUAGAAUGCAAUCACCCACCACCACAAUCACAGCCGCAAUACAAAAUCUCAAUCUCACCCCCAAUUUCCUACCAAAAUUCCCGCCAAACCCACUUCGCUUCCGCCCGGAUUUUUCCAACCGCCGUAGUACUGCAAGUAUGGCUUCCUCUUUCGGUAGGUUUAAGGUUAAUUCAAAAUUGGAUAACAGUUCCGGUGAGUUUCUUACUAUUACCGAGUACGCCGGCAAGGGAGGCGCGAACGUAGGUGACGAUCUGGUGGUGUUGUUUAGUCACUUGGAGUAUGCGUUCAAGAGAAUUGCAGCUCUCGUUGCUUCUCCGGUCAAUUCCAGCCUCGGAAAAAGCUCCGGUGGUGGCCAAGAUGUGGACUCCGGUAGAGAUAAACCUAAGCCACUCGACAUUGUUUCUAAUGAAAUCAUCUUGUCUUCUUUGAAAAACUCCGGAAAAGUUGCAGUUAUGGCUUCCGAAGAAGACGAUGCUCCCGUUUGGAUAACCGAUAACGCCCCAUUUGUGGUGGUAACAGAUCCCCUCGAUGGUUCUCGUAACAUCGACGCUUCAAUCCCCACCGGAACCAUUUUCGGGAUCUACAAUCGCUUAAUAGAACUCGAUAAUCUUCCAACGGAGGAGAAGGCGUUGCUUAAUUCGUUACAGAGCGGCAAUCGCCUCGUCGCCGCCGGCUAUGUUCUUUACUCCUCCGCCACCAUACUCUGCACCACCUUCGGUUCCGGCGCACACGCCUUUACUCUCGAUCAUUCCACUGGAGACUUCGUUCUCACACACCCAGACAUUAAAAUCCCUCCUCGAGGUCAGAUCUAUUCAGUAAACGAUGCACGAUACUUUGAUUGGCCGGAGGGUUUGAGGCGAUACAUCGAUACAAUCAGACAAGGGAAAGGGAAGUUUCCGAAGAAGUAUUCUGCGCGUUAUAUUUGUUCGUUGGUUGCUGAUUUUCAUAGAACUUUGAUGUAUGGUGGAGUGGCGAUGAACCCUAGAGACCAUCUUCGGCUUGUUUAUGAGGCGAAUCCGCUGAGUUUUGUGGCGGAGCAAGCAGGCGGGAAAGGGUCGGACGGGAAGAAUAGGAUUCUGUCGAUUCAACCGGUGAAGCUGCAUCAGAGACUUCCGUUGUUCUUGGGAAGUCCAGAGGAUAUUGAUGAGUUGGAGAGUUAUGGUGAUGUUCAACAAACUGUAAAUCCUGGUUAUGAUGUUUGAAUGCAUGAUCG